AUGACCACAGAUGACGACCGAAGAGAUGAAAUCAGGUGCCCUGAAAGUGUUACCACUGCAGCCCAAUACCAGAUGACUCGGCAAUCUUCAGACGUAAAAGAUGAUGGAGGUAGUCCACGAAUAACAAAUAUAAUCCAUCACUACAGCACAGAUAUCACAGAGACUUCAAAACCAAAAGACAAGCAGCUGCCAAACGUUCUCCCUUCUGCCGAGUUUAUCACCAUCGACAGUCCAACUAACAACAGCAAAAGUGCCUUAAUGAAUGGUGGUCUGAACAUUCGGAGUCCAGUAUCUUCAAACACAGAGCCUGAACAAGUAAAGUACUUCUGCCCAGAUAGUACACACCAGUUAGAUGACAACAUAUCAAACCAGAUGAGAGUAGAGGCCCAAGACAUUCCAGAUGUGUGUCCCAAAAACUCAGGGUCAAGUCAUUCAUUUAUUCGUCAGCAGAGCCAGGAAGGUCCUUGCCAGGAGGAUGACAGAGUUUCCCUGACGUCGCACCAGAGCAACACUUCCUAUGUUAAUCUUCCCGAUCAGGUGCAUGGCAUUGCAAGACAUACAUCAGUAAACCUACGUCGUCAAGAUAGUACAAGUCCCACCCCAGUGGGUCUGCGAGGGCAAGACAACAUGAGUCCUAUCCCAGUGGGCUUACAUCAUCAGGAUAGCAUAAAUCUUCCACCAAAAGGCUUGCACCACAAAGAUCGAAUGAGUCCUACCCUGAAAAGCUUUCAAAGGCAAGACAGCCUCAGUCCAACCCCCUCUUUGCCUCAUAUUCUUCCAGCUUCAAAUAAGCCACAUGUUCCAUCUCCGUCGACAUUCUGCCCGAAUAAAACACCUCAAUAUGGUAUGCAUCAGAGACAGCCACACACUAAGCAACAUCAGCACCCUGGACCUCAAGGAUGCUUACACCAUCAUGGGCAUCGUAAUGGCUUUGAAAAGCAGCAACAGGAUCGCAAUCACCAAACACACCUAGAAUAUCGCCAAAGGCUGCCAGUACAAGAGACAGAAAGAGGGAUUACACAAUACUGCAAUACAGAUUCUACAGAACUCCACCAAGCAGGUCCUUACUGCCACCAGCCAUCGCACCCUCGACAACACUCAGAGCCUCAGGGACACCUAGGGCAUCAACAAACCCCAUCAAAUCAAAUGCAUCAUCGCGGGUAUCAAGGUAGAGCUUAUCCGCAGCAGAAUCUGCACAGUGUACCUCAUCAAAACCCGCCGUACAGAUACCCGUCCCCCGAGUACAAUUUACCAGACCAGCACUCGUCACCUCAUUAUCAUCACUCCAGGGACUACCAGUAUACAAUACCCUUUCAAGAAGAGGGCUGGCGUGGAGGACACUCACAGCUUCCUGCUGCAGAGCAGCACCAACUGCAGUGCAUUAGGGAGGAGCCUAGCAGUGACCCCUUGGGAGGAGCAGAUCCCAAAUCCUGCAUAGCAGAAACCAACUGUGAUGACGAGGGGGAAAGGGCGCACGACGAAUCUUCUCAUGGUAAGUCGGCAUCUGAGAUACUCAACAACAAGGAACACAAAUGGGAGAGGACUUGGUGA